CUUCUCACACACCACACAGUCACCACUGACACCAUGGGGGUAGCUGCUUGCACUGUCCUCCCUUGGAUCCUAUGUGUUGCCCUAACGCUGGGGCUGGCAGAUUUCCCCUUCAGAAACACUUCACUAUCCUGGAGUGCUCGGGUGGAUGACCUGGUCAGUCGUCUCACCUUAGAGGAAAUCCAGUAUCAGAUGGCGAGGGGCGGAGCAGUUAAUAAUGGUACUCCUCCUAUCCCACGACUUGGUAUCAAACCAUACUCUUGGAACACGGAAUGUUUGAGAGGUGACGUGGCGGCAGGCAACGCUACAGCAUUUCCCGAAGCUCUGGGUCUUGCUGCUUCGUUUAGCCCUUUGGUAGUGUUCCAAAUAGCGGAGGCGACUGCGGUAGAAGUCAGGGCAAAGUACAACAACUACAGUAAACAUGGCCUCCAAGGAAGACACAUGGGAGUAAGCUGUUUCAGUCCAGUCAUCAACAUUGUCAGAGACCCCAGAUGGGGUAGAAAUCAGGAAACGUACGGCGAAGACCCUUUCCUGACCAGUAUUCUAGCAACCAGCUUCAUCCAGGGGCUACAGGGCAACGACACGCGCUAUGUGCGCGCAAACGCCGGAUGUAAACACUUUGCAGCCUAUGACGGACCAGAAAAUAUACCCAUUUCAAGGUUGAAGUUCGAUGCCAAGGUAAGCGAGCGUGAUCUUCGUACAACCUUCAUCCCUGCAUUCAGAGCCUGCGUCAAAGCUGGAACAUACAGUGUGAUGUGUAGCUAUAAUAGCGUGAAUGGAGUGCCCACGUGUGUCAGUAAACAGCUCCUGAACGACAUUCUGCGAGAGGAGUGGGGUUUCACAGGUUACGUCGUCAGCGACCAGGGCGCCAUAGAAAACAUUUACAAAGGCCACAACUACUCCGAUAGCUACACAGACAUCGUCGCUGACUGUGUAAACGCUGGGUGCAACUUGGAAUUGUCCGGAAAGGACGAAAACCUUACGUACUUCUCAAUGGUCGAAGCAAUAAAUGAAGGAAAGCUCACAGAGGAAAAGGUCAGGGAAAUGGUCAAGCCAUUGUUCUUCACACGAAUGCGGUUGGGCGAGUUUGAUCCCCCGGAAAUGAACCCAUAUUCCAAGCUUGACCUCUCUGUGAUUGAAAGCGAGGCUCACCAAAUGCUUGCAAUGAACACAGCUAUGAAGACCUUUGUAUUGCUGAAGAACGAAGGGAAUGUUUUACCACUGAAGAAAGACACUUUCAACAGGAUUGCUAUUGUUGGACCUAUGGCCAAUAAUCCACGUCUAUUGUUAGGGGGCUAUGCACCUGAUACUUUCCACACCUUUAUACAAACUCCCCUGAAAGGACUGGGUAAACUGGCGCAGUCUGUCAACUACGCAGCUGGGUGUGACGACACUUUCUGUAAACAUUACGACGCGGUGUCCAUCAAGAAGGCAGUCGCCAUGACAGAAGUUAUAUUCGUGUGCCUUGGAAACGGACAGACGAUUGAGUCCGAGGGCAACGAUCGCCAUGACAUCAACCUCCCCGGAUAUCAACUGCAGCUGCUUCAAGACGUUGCUGCAAACAGAAAUAAGACACCCGUGGUUCUCCUACUGUUCAAUGCCGGUGCACUGAAUAUGACAUGGGCUGAUCAAAGCCCCGACAUCGCCGCGAUCUUGGAAUGUUUCUACCCAGCACAGGCAACAGGAGAGGCACUGAGGCGUGUGAUGAUUAACGAAGGCCCAGGUUCGAAUCCUGCUGCUAGAAUGCCUGCUACGUGGCCCGCCUCUGAAGAUCAGGUAUAUAACAUCACCGACUAUUCAAUGGAAGGCAAGACGUAUCGCUACUUCAAGGGAGAUCCCCUGUACCCCUACGGUUAUGGGUUGUCCUACACUCAGUUUGAUUACUUCCUCUUGGACAAUCCCACAUUGAUUCAGGCGGGACAAGAUCUUCAUGGCAUGAUCGGUGUAAGCAACAAAGGGAAUAUUGAUGGAGAUGAGGUUAUACAAGUCUACAUACGGUGGAUAAAUGCCUCCCAACCGACUCCCCAGUUACAGCUGGCCUGGUUCGACAGAGUCACAAUCCCAGUCAAUGGGAACGUUAAAGUUAAUUUCACCGUCUCUGCUGAAAGUAUGGCGGUGUGGGUGGACAACAAAGGCUGGGUAGUGGAGGAGGGGGAGAUGAUGCUUCACGCUGGAGGUCAACAGCCGUUCCAGAAGAAGAAAAUCGGUUCCAACAUUAUGAGCGAUUCCUACAAGAUCGUUGGAUCGAAAUAUUUAGGACGAUAUUAAUAUAAGUUCCGUGAGCAGUAGGUUAUAUAGUUACUGUGCUAAACAGUUCUUACAUAUUCUCACAACCUCAGAGCUAAAUAUGAUCAUCAAAGUUGUAGACAGACUGUUAAUGUAGUAUUCAUAUGCGAUGAACAAAUAUAUAGAGUGUAGAUGUACAUGUAGAUGCACAUACAUCAUGCAGUGGAACAACAAUUCACUGGAGGAUCCACGGGUGAAGCUGUUAUGCCGUACAUGAAAUUAUUGAACAGAACAAAUCUGUUUUAAAUGUUUACAAACUUUGUUUAUCACUCAAAACUAUUUCUCUAUUCUUACCUUGGAUGUGUAAUAUUGACAAUUCAUAGAUGUAAACAUCAGGGGGGCUCGUAUUUUAAGUUGGAUAAUUUGUACCUAAUCACUUUCACAUUUGUGAAUAAAAUCUGUUUAAAGCAAA